CAUCCAUCUCACACCUCGAUGCUUCAAACAGUCCCUCUCUCUCCCCCCCUCUCUCUAUACUAAAUCCCGCCUCUCUUUCUUGUAAGUAUAGAAAGAAAGCCUUCCUUUUUCAUCCACCCAAAGCAUUUUGCUUCUCCAACAUGGAGCUCCACAUUCCAACACAACUCGCAAUCUUUUCCAUUUCCAUCAUCCUUUUGACUCGCUCUUGCUCUUCUUCUUCUUUGCCGUGGUCGUCACUGUCGAAUUUGCACCCGCUGGUGGUUGACUCCGCGCUUGAGCAUCUCAACUAUACCGCCAUAUCUGAGUUCCGGUUACUAAACAGAAGGCAAAUUCUCCAGUGCCACGACCCAAAUAGGUAUCUCCAAAUCAAUGUCAGCGGCGACACCGCCCUUAAGGAUGAAGAGUAUCUCACGGUUAAGGUGACCGGAGUCUUGGUUCCAGCGGACUCCGACUGGGUUGCCAUGAUAUCUCCAUCGAACGCCGAUGUCUCAGAUUGUCCAUCAAAUAAGGCUCGAUAUGCAGAGACCGGUGAUCUUAGUAAUCUUCCUCUUCUAUGCCAUUAUCCUGUCAAGGCACAAUACUUGAGCAAGGAUGCGGACUAUCUGAGCUGCAAGAAGAAGGAGUGCAAGAAAUACAAGGACGGUCAAUGUGUGGUGACAACAUGCGGCGGCACCUUGACGUUUCACGUUGUAAACAUCAGAACCGACAUUGAGUUUGUGCUGUUCGCCGGGGGUUUUGCAACACCAUGUGUAUUGAAGAAAUCGAACUCUUUGACUUUUGCUAACCCGAACCAACCGCUCUAUGGCCAUCUCUCCAGCAUUGACUCGACUGGGACCUCGAUGAGGAUUACAUGGGUUAGUGGAGACAAAGAGCCCCAAGAGGUGCAAUACGGAGAUGGGAAAUCACAAACUUCCGAAGUUAGUACAUUCUCACAAGAUGAUAUGUGCACAGGUAAUGUGCUACAUAGUCCUGCCAAAGAUUUCGGUUGGCAUGACCCCGGUUACAUUCAUUCAGCCGUGAUGACAGGACUGCAGCCUUCUACCUCUUAUCCUUACAAAUAUGGAAGUGAUUCAGCGGGUUGGAGUCAACAAGUUCAGUUCAGGACACCGCCAGCAGGAGGAUCAAAUGAACUCAAGUUUCUUGCAUUUGGGGAUAUGGGAAAAGCCCCUCUCGAUGAUUCAGUCGAGCACUACAUUCAGCCAGGAUCAAUUUCGGUGGCGAAGGCAGUGUUGGAUUAUGUAGACUCUGGCAAUGUGGACGCCAUCUUCCAUAUUGGAGACAUAAGCUACGCCACCGGCUUCUUAGUGGAGUGGGAUUUCUUCCUCAACCUCAUCAGCCCUUUUGCUUCCCGAGUUUCGUACAUGACUGCAAUUGGGAACCAUGAAAGAGAUUAUGGGGGCUCUGGAUCCAUGUACUCAACUCCGGACUCCGGUGGGGAAUGCGGUGUUGCUUAUGAGACAUACUUCCCAAUGCCAACCCCAGCGAAGGACAAGCCAUGGUAUUCCAUAGAACAAGCCAGUGUUCAUUUUACUGUGAUUUCAACCGAACAUGACUGGUCCGAGAAUUCAGAGCAGUAUCAAUGGAUGAAAGGGGACAUGGCUUCAGUCGACCGAUCUAAAACUCCUUGGUUAGUUUUCACGGGGCACAGGCCCAUGUACACUUCUGGUUCUGGAGGAGGUGCUGACCAUAAGUUUCUUGAUGCUGUAGAACCGUUGCUAUUGGACAACAAGGUUGAUCUAGUUCUCUUCGGCCACGUUCAUAACUAUGAAAGAACAUGCUCGGUUUACCAAAAUGAGUGUAAAGCCAUGCCAAAGAAAGAUCAAAGCGGGGUUGAUACUUAUGAUCACAGCAAUUAUAGUGCACCUGUGCAAGUGGUUAUUGGUAUGGCCGGGUUCAGUCUGGAUAACUUCCUAGAUGAGCCAAGUGACUGGAGUUUGAUAAGGAUUUCCAAAUUCGGGUAUUUCAGAGGACAUGCAACUCCAGAAGAGUUACAACUAGAGUAUGUGAAUGCCGGCACGAGGAAGGUGGAAGACAUCUUCCGCAUCACUCGAUAACCCGACUUUUCAAGUCAACAGGAAGGCAUUGCAGGCAAUAACAAGCUGCCAUAGCUACAUAGUUAUACACUUCCACAUUGUACUUUACACAUUCAAAACAAACAGAUAACUUGUGCUGAUACACUAGCAAUAAAUCUUGAUUGUCCGUGCGACCUAAUUGAAUGCUCUUGAUUUGUCAAGAAGGAAUACAAAUUCAUGAUUUCAGUA